AUGUUUCGCCUGCGAGGGGUUGUAACCCCAAUAGUGAGGCCGUCUCUUUCAACGAGACCUCGGCUUACCAGCCCGGGCCUUUUCGCCUUCGGCCGACGCACUGUAGCUCCCGUACGACUGACCAGCAGAGUAUGGGAAAGCACCGCCAGUUCUCCAAAGUCUGGAGAAAAGGAGGAUGGUCAUAUCGCAGUCAAUUCCAACGAGUCGAUUCUCUUCUUUGACAAUAUCUUCCCUCUGAAACUAAGCACCAUUCUAAACAGGCCAUGGAAAACCAAUCAUGAUGUGGCCGACUUGCUGCAACGCUUUGAGAGCUCAAGCUUGGGGACUCUGGAUCCCAUUAGGCUUGUCAAGACUGCUAUCCCGCAAGACAUGGGCAUGAAGGUCACUGAGAUUAACCCGCGACUGAAGGAUGGUGGUGCCUUCGUGAAAUUUGAGCAUGAGGCUUCUUUGGACCCGGCAGAGAUUGAGCAGACUCUUACGGAUAAACUCAAAGCAAAUCCUCUGAGACCUUGGUUCAGCCCGUUCCGCGGGAUUCAGGCGCGUCUUGUGCGGGGAACGCCUUGGCUAGAGGACCUCUAUAGGUAUCCCUCAAGCUACGUCAGGGUCGAAUUUGUCACCAAUGAGCCAGGCACAACUCCGCAAGAGCUGUCAGAAGAGACACUGUAUCAACUUUUCAGAAAAUACGGCAAGAUUGCUGAUAUCAUUCCACAGCCACAAGAUAGCAAAGUGACGCCAAGAUAUGCUCAUCUAAGCUUCCCCUUGCUGAGAGAUGCUAUUAUGGCUCGUAAUUGUAUGCAUGGAUACAUCGUGGGAGAGACCCUUGGGGGUGGGUUGAAUGGAACCCGACUGCGGAUGUCCUAUGAUAAGCGUCCCAAAACAAACAGUAUUUGGGACUGGCUCACGAAUCACCCACGCAUCGUUAUCCCUGUCCUGGCUGCUCUCCUAGCCGGCAUUUCGGUCAUCAUUUUUGAUCCGAUCCGCCAAUUCUUCGUCAAGCUACACAUCCAGCAUUCAUUUCAGCUAUCAGACUACAAGAUAUACAAGUGGUUCAAAUCCCAAACCGACAAUUUCAAUAUUGGAAGGCAAAACACACAGCGCGAUGAUCUGAAAACUGUUUGGAAACAUCGCAGCGACCUCAUUUCUCAACUGCAAGGUUGGCUUGAUGGCUCUUCGGAUACUUUCAUUGUCGUCAUGGGUCCAAAGGGUUCCGGGAAGAAAGAAAUGGUUAUGGACCAGGGCCUGAAAGGCAGGAAGAAUAUCCUUACCAUUGAUUGCCGUCCUAUCAUUGAGGCUAGGGGAGAGGCUGGCACCAUUCGUAAACUCGCGAAUGCAGUCGGGUACCGACCCGUUUUCUCCUGGGCGAACAGUAUCAGCAGUCUUGUGGACCUGGCUGUUCAAAGCACGACUGGUGUCAAGGCCGGGUUUUCCGAGACUCUUGAGUCUCAACUCACCAAGAUCCUUUAUACUACAAGUGCAGCGCUGAAGGAUGUUGCUCUAUCGAGACGAACAAAGAAGGAUAAGGACGCAGAUCUAUCCGAUGAUGCCUACUUAGAUUCUCACCCGGAAAAGAGACCAAUCCUUGUCAUUGACAACUUUUUGCACAAGGCAGACGAUCAGGCUGUGGUCUACGAGAAGAUUGCGGAGUGGGCGGCGUCUAUUGUUCAAAACAAGAUAGCCCACGUCGUAUUUCUCACAAAUGAUUCCUCCUUUACCAAACCGCUCUCCAAAGCGCUACCGGAUCGAGUUUUGCGGGAACUUUCUCUGGGCGAUCUCGAUCCCAAGGUUGCUAGAAAUUUCGUCCUCGGCCGCUUGAAUGACCACGAGGAAGAAGUGGCCGAAAAUGAGAGUGACGAAAAGGAUGGCCAGCCUCUCAAGCAACGCAAGAUCGAUUAUAGGGGCUUGAACACCAGUAUUGAGACCAUGGGAGGUCGGCUGACAGAUCUUGAGUUCUUGACUCGUCGUAUCAAGGCUGGACAAUCCCCCCAGGAAGCACUUGAAGAAAUCGUUGACGAGAAUGCCACUGACAUUGUCAAGAUCUUCUUACGUGGAAAGAAUGGCGACGAUGAGAAGAAAUGGUCAGUCCAGCAGGCCUGGCAUCUUAUCAAGUCUCUUUCCCAGGGACCUAGUCUCCGCUACAACGAAGUCGUUCUUUCCGCUCCGUUCUCUUCAUCUCUUUCACCAGGGGCCAAAGAUGCCGAGGCUGCCCUCGAAGGCUUGGCCAACGCAGAACUCAUCUCAAUCGGGUAUCACCUGGGACGGCCACAGACCAUCAAAGCCAGCAAGCCUCUGAACCAAGCUGCGUUCCAGCUUAUUCUCAAUGACACUGUACUCAGGGCCAAAAUGGAGCUUGCUAAUCUUACCGAGAUGUCAAAGGUUGAGGCAAAGACCAUCGAAACUGCGGAGACUGAACUCUCACUCCUGGGACACCUUCCCAAGCAAACCCGCGAAACAUCUUUGCGGGUCUCAUACCUCCUGAAGAAACUGGAAUCCAGCCAGCAAAAGAUCACAGACUUGGAGAGGGAAAUGGGCGAGUUGAAGCAAGUCCUGAGGCAGGAGCAUUAG